GGAAGCGGAAGCCAAAGCAGGGAGAGAGAGAUACAGAAAGAAACAGAGGGAGAGAGAGAGAAAGUGCGAGAAAACAAGGGGGAAAAUAGUUGCAAAGGAAGGAUUUGGUCUUUUCCCACUGUUCUUCCCGCCUUUGCUUGGCUCUCUGCAACCGCAUUUUCCCUUUUUACCUCCCCUACCCACAUUUCAUUUUUCCCAUUGCUCAGCUAUAGACCACCAAAAUUCAAAUUCCGUGCUGUUUGAGCGGUAAAAAACGGAGCAUUUGCACUCGUUCCCGGUGCGGCUUCUAGUUCAAGGAAGGGUUCGCGCAAUUAGGGACUUGAUUGGAUCGAAUUUGUUUUGAUAGGUGGGAUCUAUGGUUUGGUCCCAUUGGGUGGUGGCGGUUGCUCUUGAAGGAUUUUAGGGUUCAUUAACUCAGCCUCAGAUCUCAAUCUCGUCACAUUUUCGUUUAAAAAUGGUUGUCCAAGCCAACUUAAUGGUGGGAUCUCAUGUCUGGAUGUUGGAUCCUGAGGUUGCUUGGAUGGAUGGUGAAGUUAUAGAAGUUAAUGGUGAAGAUUUAGAAAUAAGCUGUACAUCUGGAAGGACUGUUGUAGCCAAAGCAUCCAAUGUCUAUCCAAAGGAUCCUGAAUUUCCACCAUGUGGUGUUGAUGAUAUGACAAAGCUGGCUUAUCUGCAUGAACCGGGGGUUCUACAGAAUUUAAGAUGUCGUUAUGAUAUAAAUGAAAUAUAUACAUAUACAGGAAAUAUAUUGAUAGCUGUAAACCCUUUUCGAAGGCUACCUCAUUUAUAUGAUAGUCAUAUGAUGCAACAGUAUAAAGGGGCAGCUAUAGGUGAGCUAAGCCCACAUCCUUUUGCUAUUGCAGAUGCUGCAUACAGAUUGAUGAUUAACGAGGGAAUAAGCCAGUCAAUUUUGGUUAGUGGGGAAAGUGGAGCUGGUAAAACAGAAAGUACAAAAAUGCUUAUGCAGUAUCUUGCCUAUAUGGGAGGGAAAGCUGCAGCUGAGGGAAGACGGUCUGUGGAGCAGCAAGUUCUAGAGUCCAACCCUGUGCUAGAAGCAUUUGGUAAUGCAAAGACGGUUAGAAACAAUAAUUCAAGUCGCUUUGGUAAGUUCGUGGAGAUUCAGUUCAAUCAAAGGGGGAAAAUAUCGGGUGCUGCCAUCAGAACUUACUUAUUAGAACGAUCCCGAGUUUGUCAAUUAUCUGAUCCUGAACGAAAUUAUCAUUGCUUUUAUAUGCUUUGUGCUGCACCACCCGAGGAUGUUGAGAAGUACAGACUGGGAAAUCCAAGAACAUUCCAUUAUCUAAACCAAUCAAAUUGCCAUGAGCUGGAUGGAGUUGAUGAUUCUAAGGAAUACCUUGCAACUAGAAAAGCUAUGGAUGUUGUCGGGAUCAGUUCUGAUGAGCAGGAUGCAAUAUUCCGAGUUGUAGCUGCAAUACUUCAUUUGGGCAACAUUGAGUUUUCCAAGGGAAAAGAAAUAGAUUCUUCUGAACCCAAAGAUGACAAAUCUCGGUUCCAUCUCAAAACAGCAGCUGAACUUUUCAUGUGUCACGAGAAGUCUCUUGAAGACUCGUUAUGUAAACGUGCGCUUGUGACUCGUGAUGAGACCAUAACAAAAUGGAUUGAUCCAGAAUCUGCAGCUCUCAGCAGAGAUGCUUUGGCAAAAGUUGUUUAUUCAAAGUUAUUUGAUUGGCUUGUGAACAAGAUUAACAAUUCUAUUGGUCAAGAUCCUGAUUCAAAAAACUUGAUUGGGGUUCUCGAUAUUUAUGGAUUUGAGAGUUUCAAGACAAACAGCUUUGAGCAAUUUUGUAUCAAUUUGACUAAUGAAAAACUGCAGCAACAUUUCAACCAGCAUGUUUUUAAGAUGGAGCAAGAAGAAUAUACAAAAGAAGAAAUUGACUGGAGUUAUAUAGAGUUCAUUGAUAACCAGGAUAUUCUUGAUCUCAUUGAAAAGAAACCUGGUGGCAUCAUUGCUCUUCUGGAUGAGGCUUGUAUGUUUCCAAAAUCAACGCAUGAGACAUUUGCAGAAAAGCUCUACCAAACUUUUAAAGAGCAUAAACGCUUUAGCAAGCCAAAGCUGUCACGUAGUGACUUCACCAUUUGCCAUUAUGCUGGGGAUGUCACCUAUCAAACGGAGCUCUUUCUGGAUAAGAAUAAAGACUAUGUUGUUGCCGAGCAUCAAGCACUCCUGAGCGCUUCCAAGUGCUCCUUUGUUUCAGGCUUGUUCCCACCUUUAGCUGAAGAAUCUUCCAAAUCAUCAAAGUUCUCGUCAAUAGGUCUUCGUUUUAAGCAACAAUUGCAAGCUUUGCUUGAGACACUGAGUGCCACCGAGCCACACUACAUCCGUUGUGUAAAGCCGAAUAAUCUUCUCAAACCAGCCAUAUUUGAAAGUAACAACAUUUUACAGCAACUUCGCUGUGGGGGAGUCAUGGAAGCAAUUAGGAUCAGUUGUGCUGGGUAUCCCACUAGAAAGACUUUUGACGAUUUUUUACGUCGGUUUGGCAUCUUGGCACCUGAUGUUUUAGAUGGGAGCUAUGAUGAGGUCACUGCUUGCACAAAGCUUCUUGAGAAGGUGAACCUUAAAGGCUAUCAGAUUGGCAAAACAAAAGUGUUUCUUAGAGCAGGUCAGAUGGCAGAACUAGAUGGUUAUCGAAGUGAGGUCUUAGGAAGGUCGGCAAGCAUCAUCCAGAGAAACGUUCGCUCAUAUUUGGAGCGGAAAAGCUUCAUCUUGUUACGGCUGUCUGCCAUACAUAUCCAAGCCUUGUGUAGAGGACAAGUUGCACGCCAUCAGUAUGAAAACAUGAGAAGGGAAUCUGCUUCUUUGAAAAUCCAGAAACAUUCUCGCAUGUAUCUUGCUAAGAAUGCUUAUAGGCAUUUAUACUUUUCAGCCAUAUCUGUACAGACUGGUAUGCGUGGGAUGGCUGCUCGUAAUGAGCUUAGGUUCAAGAAGCAGACUAGAGCUGCAAUUUUUAUCCAGAGUCAAUUCCGAAGAUACUUGACCCGCCUUCAUUAUCUAAGGAUAAAGAAAGCAGCAAUAGCCACACAAUGUGCAUGGAGGGCAAGGGCUGCACGUCGAGAACUACGGAAUCUCAAGAUGGCUGCUAAGGAAACUGGUGCUCUCCAAGCUGCCAAAAAUAAGCUGGAAAAACAAGUUGAAGAACUGACCUGGCGUCUGCAGCUGGAGAAGCGAAUGAGGGCUGACCUUGAAGAAUCCAAAACUCAGGAAAAUGCAAAAUUGCAGUCUGCUCUGGAGGAGAUACAACUUCAAUUUCAAGAAACUAAAGCACUACUUAUCAAGGAGCGUAAUGCAGCCAAGGAAGCUGCUGAACAGGUUCCAAUUGUACAGGAAGUUUCCGUUAUUGACCAUGAAAUGGUCAAUAAACUUACUGCUGAAAAUGAACAGCUCAAGGCCCUGGUAAAUUCUCUGGAAAAGAAAAUUGAUGAAACAGAGAGGAAGUAUGAAGAAACAAGCAAGGUUUGUGAAGAGCGGUUAAAGCAGACUUUGGAGGCAGAGUCAAAGAUAAUUGAAUUGAAGACGGCCAUGCAAAGGCUUGAAGAAAAACUAUCUGACAUGGAAGCUGAGGACCAAAUUCUGCGUCAGCAGGCAUUGUUAAAUUCUCCAGUUAGAAAAAUGUCCGAACAUUUAGCAAUUACAACACCUGUAGAAAAUGGUCAUCAUGAACCACAGAGUGCCGCACCAGCAAAAAAGUUGGGUUCAGAGUCUAUGAGAAGAUCCCAAAUUGAAAGGCAGCAUGAGAGUGUAGAUGCUCUUAUCCAAUGUGUGACACAAGAUCUUGGGUUCAGUGAAGGAAAACCAGUUGGAGCAUUUACCAUAUACAAAUGUCUGCUUCACUGGAGGUCAUUUGAAGCAGAAAGAACUAGUGUGUUUGAUCGCCUCAUUCAGUUGAUUGGUUCUGCAAUAGAGAGCCAGGAUAACAAUGAUCGUAUGGCUUAUUGGCUAACCAACACAUCUACGUUGUUGUUUUUGCUCCAACGAAGUUUAAAAGCCAGCAGUGGAACCGCAGCGCGGAAGCCUCCCACCCCAACAUCAUUAUUUGGGAGGAUGACUCAAGGUUUCCGUUCUUCUUCUGCCAAUCUUUCAGUUGGUCCAAUUGAUAUAGUCCGCCAUGUUGAGGCGAAAUAUCCUGCUUUGCUUUUCAAGCAGCAGCUUGUUGCAUAUGUGGAGAAGAUAUAUGGGAUUAUCCGAGACAAUGUGAAGAAGGACUUGUCACCACUCCUUUCUUCGUGUAUCCAGGCACCCAGAACAUCAAGAGGAAGUGUUUUGAAGUCAUCUGGGCGGUCUAAUAUGAAUAGUCCCCUAGCUAGUCCCUGGCACAGCAUCAUCGAGAGCCUUAAUAAUGUUCUCUGUUCAUUAAAAGAAAAUUUUGUUCCUCCAGUUCUUGUUCAGAAGAUAUUCACUCAGAUUUUCUCAUAUAUUAAUGUACAGCUCUUUAAUAGUCUUCUCCUUCGUCGAGAGUGCUGUACAUUCAGCAAUGGGGAGUAUGUGAAGUCUGGGUUGGCUGAAUUAGAGCUAUGGUGUUGCCAGGCAACAGAAGAGUAUGCUGGCUCAUCAUGGGAUGAACUCAAACAUGCAAGGCAGGCAGUUGGAUUCUUGGUUAUACACCAGAAGUCUAGAAUUUCCUAUGAUGAAAUUACUAAUGACCUCUGCCCUAUCCUGAGUGUUCAGCAGCUAUAUAGAAUAUGUACGCUAUACUGGGAUGACAAUUACAACACUAGAAGUGUAUCCCCAGAUGUCAUUUCCAGCAUGAGGAUUCUAAUGACAGAGGACUCCGACAAUGAUGAUGGCAACUCCUUUUUGUUGGAUGAUAAUUCGAGCAUUCCUUUCUCGGUUGAUGAUAUUUCCGGUUCCCUCCAAGAGAAGCAUUUUUCUGAUGUAAAGCAUCCUGCAGCACUCUUGGAGAAUCCAGCCUUCCAAUUUUUACAGGAUUAAGGCCGGGGUUCCUUUAGCAUUUUUUAUCCCUGUGGUGCGUCAAAUUUAGUCAAGGAUUCAACUGAAACUUCCAACUCCUGUCAAAGCCACUGUAAAUCCAACCCCUCAUCCCCCCUUCUCCUCUUAUAUUUUUCCUUCAUUUUAGCAUCCACUGUCCUGGAGUAAAAUUAUUCUUUAUAUAAGCAAUGUAAAAUUUCCAUUAGGCUCGUUCAGAUAGUUAAAGAGACAGACCGGGACAAGGAUAGGUUUUACACUUUUGAGUCCACCACGUGCUUUUCUUCUGUAUUUUCAUUUGAUUUUUUGUUUUCCCUUUGGCCUUUGUAACGGGUCACUUGAGGCCAGCAUUCUUUGUAGGGAUGGUAGGAAGGAAGAAAGUUACCGAUAGUGAGGUGGGAGGAGCUGAUCUUAAGGCUACUUCUUCAGUCCCCCACGUAUUUAAAAAGCAACAGAAUGUGUUAGGAUAUAUCUCUGUAUUGUAAUUGAGCUGUAAUAUAGUAUAUUUCUUCUCGUUUCACUCCAUAUAUACAGUUGCAAAGGUUACUUACAAUUCA